GCUGGAGGAGGCAGCACAGAGAAAGGUCAGAAGAGUAGACGCUGCUGGCGAGAGGAGGGCAGCCUCUGCUGGCUUCCUGACACCAUGGACAGCUCCCAUUAACUAAGACGCCUCUCCACCCCUGGGAACCCAGGCUCUUUUGCCCCCUUCCUGUCAAAUUGGGAUUUCAUCCACCAUUCUCAAGGGACACUGAAGUUAUACCCAGUUCCAGUGUUGGGUUCAGUAGCCUCUCUGGACAUGUCUCUCCUGGAUGGUUCCGUGGGGGUGGAGGACCUUGUCCUCCUGGAACCCCUGGUGGAGGAGUCUCUGCUAAAGAACCUUCAACUGCGUUAUGAAAACAAGGAGAUUUAUACCUACAUUGGGAAUGUGGUGAUCUCGGUGAAUCCCUACCAACAGCUGCCCAUCUAUGGCCCAGAGUUUAUAGCCAGUUAUCGGGACUGUAUCUUCUAUGAGCUGAAGCCCCAUAUCUACGCACUGGCAAAUGUGGCAUACCAGUCACUGAGGGACCGGGGCCGAGACCAGUGUAUCCUCAUCACAGGCGAGAGUGGAGCGGGGAAGACUGAGGCUAGUAAGCUGGUGAUGUCUUACGUGGCGGCCGUCUGUGGGAAAGGGGAGCAGGUGAACUCUGUGAAGGAGCAGCUGCUUCAGUCAAACCCAGUGCUGGAGGCUUUUGGCAAUGCCAAGACCAUUCGCAACAACAACUCCUCUCGAUUUGGCAAAUACAUGGACAUUGAAUUUGACUUCAAAGGAUCCCCCCUCGGCGGUGUCAUCACAAACUACCUGCUUGAGAAAUCCCGCGUGGUGAAGCAGCUCAAAGGGGAAAGGAAUUUCCACAUCUUCUAUCAGCUGCUGGCAGGAGCAGACGCACAGCUGCUGAAGGCUCUGAAGCUUGAGCGGGAUGCAAAAAGCUAUGCCUAUCUGAACCAGGAGGUGUUCAGGGUGGAUGGCGUGGAUGAUGCUGCCAGCUUCCAGGUUGUACAGAAUGCAAUGACGGUGAUCGGGUUCUCAGAGAAGGAGAUUCGACAAGUGCUAGAGGUGAUAUCCCUUGUGCUGAAGCUGGGGAACGUGGAAGUGGCUGAUGAAUACCAGGCCAAUGGGAUACCAGCAAGUGGCAUUCGUGAUGGGACAGGUAUUCAGGAGAUUGGGGAGAUGGUAGGUUUGAGUUCAGGGGAACUGGAGAGAGCUUUGUGUUCAAGGACUAUGGAAACAGCCAAAGAGAAGGUGGUCACUGCACUGAAUGUUAUCCAGGCUCAGUAUGCUCGGGACGCUCUGGCUAAGAACAUCUACAGCCGGCUCUUCAACUGGAUAGUAAAUCGAAUCAAUGAGAGCAUCAAGGUGGGCACUGGGGAGAAGAAGGUGGUAAUGGGGGUCCUGGAUAUCUACGGUUUUGAGAUAUUAGAGGAUAACAGCUUUGAGCAGUUUGUGAUCAACUACUGCAAUGAGAAGCUGCAGCAGGUGUUCAUAGAGAUGACCCUGAAGGAAGAGCAGGAGGAGUACAAGAGGGAGGGCAUACCAUGGACGAAGGUGGACUAUUUUGAUAACGGUAUCAUCUGUAACCUCAUUGAGCAUAAUCAGCGAGGCAUCCUGGCCAUGUUGGAUGAGGAGUGCCUGCGGCCUGGGGUGGUCAGUGAUUCUACUUUCCUAGCAAAGCUGAAUCAGCAGUUCUCUAAGCAUGGUCAUUAUGAGAGCAAAGUCACCCAGAAUGCCCAGCACCAGUAUGACCGCACCAUGGGUCUCAGCUGCUUCCGCAUCUGCCACUAUGCAGGCAAGGUGACAUACAACGUGACCAACUUUAUUGACAAGAAUAAUGACCUACUCUUUCGAGACCUGUCCCAGACCAUGUGGAAGGCCCAACACCCUCUGCUCCGGUCCUUGUUUCCUGAGGGCGACCCCAAGCAGGCAUCUCUGAAGCGCCCCCCAACUGCAGGAGCCCAGUUCAAGAGUUCUGUGGCCAUCCUCAUGAAGAAUCUGUAUUCCAAGAACCCCAACUACAUUAGGUGCAUAAAGCCCAACGAGCAUCAGCAGCGGGGUCAGUUCUCCUCAGACCUGGUAGCAACACAAGCUCGGUACCUGGGGCUGCUGGAGAAUGUACGGGUGCGACGGGCAGGCUAUGCCCACCGCCAGGUGUACAGGUCAUUUCUGGAAAGGUACCGGCUGCUGAGCUGCAGCACCUGGCCUCGCUGGAACGGCGGAGACCGAGAGGGGGUCGAGAAGGUCCUGGGUGAGCUGAGCCUGUCCUCAGAGGAGCUGGCUUUUGGGAAGACAAAGAUCUUCAUUAGAAGCCCCAAGACUCUCUUCCACCUGGAAGAGCAGAGGCGCCUGCGGCUGCAGCAGCUGGCCACACUCAUACAGAAGACUUACCGGGGCUGGCGCUGCCGCACCCACUAUCAGCUGAUGCGAAAGAGUCAGAUCCUCAUCUCCUCUUGGUUCCGGGGCAACAUGCAAAAGAAACGGUAUGACAAGAUGAAGGCAUCUGCGUUAUUGAUCCAGGCUUUUGUGAGAGGGUGGAAGGCCCGCAAGAAUUAUCGAAAGUAUUUCCGGUCAGGGGCCGCUCUCACCUUGGCAAAUUUUAUCUACAAGAGCAUAGUACAGAAAUUCCUGCUGAACCUGAGGGACAAUCUGCCAUCUACCAAUGUCUUGGACAACAAGUGGCCUGUGGCCCCUUACAAGUUCCUCAGCACAGCCAGCCAGGAGCUGCGGCGGCUCUUCCACCAGUGGAAGUGCAAGAAGUUCAGGGAUCAGUUAUCCCCAAAGCGAAUAGAGAUACUGAGGGAAAAGCUCUGUGCCAGUGAACUGUUAAAGGGCAAGAAGGCUUCAUACCCCCAGAGUGUCCCCAUUCCAUUCCACGGUGACUACAUUGGGCUACAAGGGAACCCCAAGCUACAGAAGCUGAAAGGCAUGGAGGAAAGGCCUGUUCUGAUGGCAGAGACAGUGAGGAAGGUUAAUCGUGGCAAUGGCAAGACUUCUUCUCGGAUUCUCCUCCUGACCAAGGGGCACGUGAUUCUCACAGACACCAGGAAGUCCCAGACCAAAUUUGUCAUUGGAUUGGACAGUGUGACCGGGGUGUCAGUCACUAGCCUUAAAGAUGGGCUCUUUAUCUUACAUCUGAAUGAGGCAACGAUGUCAGUGGGCUCCAAGGGGGACCUCCUGCUGGUCAGUGACCACGUGGUGGAACUGCUGACCAAAGUGUACCAGGCUGUGCUGAAUGCCACACAGAGGCAGCUUCCAGUCACUGUGACUGACAAGUUCUCAGUGAGGUUCAAGGAGAGCAGUGUGGCUGUCAAGGUCAUCCAGGGCCCUGGGGGUGAUGAGAAAAGCAAGCUAAGCUGCAAGAAGAAGGGGAGUCAUUGCCUGGAGGUGACCGUGCAGUGACAAGGAGGGGACCUAAGGGCUGAGACAGUGGCUUCUCCCUCAUUGAUCAGCACUGACCCCCUCUGCCCUCCUAGGUGGGAGGAUCUCAUGUCUAACCCCUCUGAUGCAGGGGGAGGGGACUGGAGAUUGAAGAAUCCUCUUUUCCCAAACCUUUCUAGUAUUCUCCUUGAAAAGUAGCUUCCUGCCACCCUUAGCCUCUUUGCCCACUAAUAAAACAUGACUUUC